UGUGCCGUGUGCGCUUUAACGAGUGUUUUUUUUCAUUUCCCUCCCCACGUGAAGAUAUAAAAUCAUUGUGAAAUAAAUUGAAAUUAAAAGUUAAUCGCGCAUCUGAACAGCAAUCAUGGCGGUCCGUGUACAAUUCGAGAAUAACAAUGAAGUGGGGGUGUUUAGUAAAUUGACAAAUUCUUAUUGCCUCGUUGCUAUCGGAGGCUCAGAAAAUUUCUACAGCGUGUUCGAAGCCGAGCUCGCAGAAACGAUUCCCGUGGUUCACGUCAGUAUUGCGGGGUGCCGCAUCAUCGGCCGCAUGACCGUAGCCAACAAGAACGGACUUCUGGUGCCAGCGGCGACCACCGACACAGAGUUGCAACAUAUACGCAACAGUCUGCCGGACACUGUCAAGGUGCAGCGUGUAGAGGAGCGCCUCAGUGCGCUUGGGAACGUCAUAGCGUGCAACGACUAUGUAGCGCUCGUGCACCCCGACCUGGACCGCGACACAGAAGAAAUUCUCGCAGACACACUAAACGUGGAAGUGUUCCGGCAGUCCGUGGCCGGAAACGUUUUGGUCGGUUCAUACUCCGCGCUCAGUAAUCGCGGAGGCUUAGUUCACCCAAAAACUACGAUACAAGAUCAGGACGAGCUCUCAUCUCUCCUACAAGUUCCGUUAGUUGCGGGUACAGUAAACCGAGGCAGUGAUGUAGUAGCAGCGGGGAUGGUGGUAAACGAUUGGUGCGCGUUUUGCGGCAUGGACACGACGUCAACAGAGAUCUCAGUGAUUGAGAGCGUAUUCAAACUGAAUGAUGCCAAGCCUACAGCUAUCACCUCCACAAUGCGUGCCUCACUUAUUGACAGCAUGUCGUAAAGCCUGCAGGAAAUGCAACUAUGAGGUUCACUUGUCAUUCAUAAAUAGCAACAGUUCUAUCAAAUAUAUAUUAAUAAUGGGUCACUCAUGUAUUUUAAGUUGGACACUCAUACGUGAGUGACCCGUUAUUUCUCGUAUUGUCUGUGUCUCACAGAAGCAUCAGUUCUGUUGUGUAUUGUGAAAAUAAGAUGCUUAGAUGGUGUUCAAUAGAAAUGACCAAAAAUGUAAACAUUAUACAUUCGAGGCAUAACCUCAAAUUAUGUUUUAAUUGUUUUAAUUAACAAAAAAGGUAAUAUCAGAUUUAAAAUUAUAAUGCAUAAUUUAUGAUAAGAAAUUUUGACCUUCAAGGUAAAUAAAGUAGUAAAAAUUGUUUUUUGUUUACAUUUCUUACUACUACUACUGAAAGUAAUGUUAUGACAAUUGAUACCAAGUAGUUGUGCUGCCAGUGUGGCAGAUGGUCUUAUGUGAUAUGUUUAUUCAAUUUUGUUAAGUGUGCACCUAAAUUGCACAACAGGGCUGUGUUGCAUAAUAAACUACAACUAAUAUUACAAGCAUUACGCUUGUUAUAUUAGUUUUAAUUAUGCGACACGGCCCUUAUUGUGCAAACAUGCACUGGCAAUGGCCCUUAAUUUACAUAUGUGUAUACAUAAGUAAUAAAUUUUAAAUCUAUA